AUGGAAAGGUUCAAUAUGGACUCGAAGAUUUUCUGUUUCAUUCUUUCAACACGAUCAGGAGGCAUAGGAGUAAAUUUGACGGGAGCUGACACUGUCAUCUUCUAUGAUAGUGAUUGGAACCCCACCAUGGAUGCACAAGCACAGGAUAGAUGCCACAGGAUCGGCCAGACCAGAGAUGUCCAUAUAUAUAGUUCAAGUACUAAGUGCAAAUACCACAUCAGUGGACAAAUCGUUUUCAGUGAGUCGAUUACUACUUCCUUAUCUUCUACUGCCUUUGAAUUCAUAUUGUUUUCUUCAAGGCUGGUGUGUGAAAGAACAAUAGAAGAAAAUAUUUUAAAGAAAGCAAAUGAAAAAAGGCUUCUGGGCAAUGUUGCAAUCGAAGGAGGAAAUUUUACCACCGCGUUUUUUAGACAGAUAUACACGGAUCUACCUACACUUUCAAAAUUAAACGUACUCAUACAAUUACUCAUGAACUAUGCAGAUUAA